AUGACAACCACAAUUCUCCUCACAGGAGCCAGCGGAUUGAUCGGGUUCCGGAUUCUCCUCCAUGCACUCGAGGCCGGCCAUAAUGUGCGCGUCGCGGUGCGAUCUGAAGAGAAAGCCCAGAAAGUUGCGUCCAACCCGGCUAUCCUGAAGCUCGGAGCGGCAGCCGGUGAGCGCCUCUCGUCGGUCGUUAUCCCAGAUUUGACGGUCGAUGGGGUCUUUGACUCUGUCCUGCAGGGAGUCACUCAUAUCAUUCACACCGGGUCGCCUGUGGGGCUGCCCGAGUUGGAUCCCAGGACUGAGAUAUACGAACCGACAGUCAAGAUGGCGGCGAACCUGCUCAAAUCGGCUCUCAAAGCCCCCACCGUGCAGCGCGUCGUCAUCACCACCUCAGGACUAGCCAAUAUCGGCUUCGCAGCAGGCCCUGAGACGGUCUCGGCAGCGACGCGUGUCCCACCCCCGGACCCCAUCCCCGAGACCUUCAGCAAUGGGGUAGAGGCGUACAUCACCGGCAAGCUGGUUGAGGCGCGCGACACGGACACCUUUAUCCAAACGCAGAACGCCCACUUCACCGUCUCGCGUAUCUUCCCCGGCUUCGUUUUCGGCCGUAACGAGCUGUCGCUGAACACCGCUAUGAUGCAGACCCAGAACAGCUCCAACAACCUCAUGAUGAUGGGCAUGCUGGGAGGAGAGGUGCCGUUCCCUCUCUUCGGCAGAUAUGCCCAUGUCGACGAUGUGGCUGAGCUGCAUAUGCGCGUCGCCUUGGAGGAUCGCUGUGCUGGCAAGGAUUUCGGGAUUGCGUUCGAGGUGGACUACGACACCAUCUUCGAUCACGUGGAAAAGCGAUAUCCUGAAGCUGUCAAGGCGGGCGUGUUCAAGAGGGGGACGGUGCCUAUACAGCCUGUUGUGUACGACUCGAGUGACGCCGAGGCCCUGCUAGGCAAGGUGAAAAGCUUCGAAGAAGCCGUGCUUGAUGUUGCUGGCCAGUAUCUGGAACUGCUGAAGGCGGAACAGUAA